AUGGCGUGUGCUUCUACGACAUUUAGAGACACAAGUUUUAAAUCAAUUCUAGAAUGCCAACUUUGUCUUGAUGAUAUCAAAGAUCCGAAAGCAUUACCGUGUCUGCAUACAUUCUGUUUGGCAUGCCUCGAUACACUGGUCGGAAGCACAUUUGGGAGACGUGUAACAUGCCCCUUGUGUUGUAGAAUAUGGGAGAUUCCCCGUCAUGGGGUAGCUGCCUUACCCACAAACUUCCUAAUCAACACACUCACGGAUAUGGCUAAAGCAUCAAAUGAUGAAAUGGAUCGCACACGUCAAGUUGAAUGUGAACCUGAAAACUCGUUUAGCUGUGAACACCAUAGAAUGCCACUAGAGUUAUUCUGCCGGGAUGACAAAACGUUGAUCUGCUACGCUUGCUACGCUCAUGAUCACCCGGGUCAUACGUUCAUCCUUGUUGAUCAAGCUGCUGCGUUGUGUUCGGAAGAAGUGUAUUUUGGAAUGAGGCAACAUCUUCAGGCAUUGCACGCUAUGCAGGAUGAUGUCCGUAGGCAAAGAAUAGCUUAUGACGGCGACACCAGUGAUGACCUCGAUAUGUCCAAAGCGAUCGUUGAGAGUACUAUGACUCAGUUGGAAACGCUUGGGGGAAAUGGACACCCCGUAGAAAAUAUCAGAUUCUGCUUACGCGUGCGUGAUCAGGGUUUACCCCUGCCACGUAAUCGAGCGCGACUUCCAUUGAACAACUGGGAAGUUAAUUGUGGGGAUAUAAUGGGAUCUUUAAAACCAUAUGACCUUGUACCGACUGCUGUAGAGGUCAAUGUAGUCAGCGAGAUUCGUGUAGAGACACAAAAAAGGCAUGGCGAUGACCUGGGUAAUUGGAUUCAAGACAUUCUACAAGCAGGGGUCAAUCGCGUGACGACUGCCUUUGGGAAAUUGUUCAGUUCCCAUGUUCAUGUCACAAAGUCUCACCUGUCUGGAAGAGGGUUCAUCAGCGAUCUCACAUUGGUUGGACCACGUGGUCUCGUGGCUGUUCGACCUGGACGACUAGAAUUUUAUCGAAGCCGGAACUUGAUCAAAACUGUAACUGGCGACUUCCGAAAUGUUGCAACCAGUGCCGAUUUGUCAAUUGCAGUCACCAACAACUCGAACAAAAUCAAGAUGUACAGUCCGUCUGGUGUCCAUUUGCGUGACAUUGAAGUAGCCCAUCUUUCAAAAAUAUGUGGUAUUGCAUGUUCGUUCAAUGGCCAUUUAAUCCUUCUUGACUCGGGGACCGAAACUAUGGCAGUGGUGGACAACCGAACCGGAGUCUUACUUCGCCGAAAUAAAAUCACGGGAUUUGGCAAUCGUCGGUAUAUUUCAGCUGACAAAGAUAGUCAAAAGACGGUUGUUUCCGAUUUUACGGAGAACACUAUUAAAGUGGAAGAUGGAAAUAGUGAAGUUGUCAUGGAGUUUGGUGAUGCAGUUAAUAGUGUUCAACUGCGGUCACCACGUGGUGUAUGCUUCGUGGAUAAUGGUGAUGUCGUAGUUGCCGACUGUUGGAACCACAGGGUCGUUGCUAUUAGGUCCUCUGGUAGUUGUAUCGAGCUGAUUUCCGAGGCCCACGGUUUGAAAUACCCCCAAAGUGUUGCUGUUGACUGGCACAAUGGUUCUCUUCUGAUUGGUGACGAAAAAGGCCAGCUGUUUGAUGUACAGUUGUAAUUGUAGUAGCUAACAAUACAACACGUUCUAUGUAAACAUAUCAUAUUUUUUUAUCUCUACAGAUUUGAUUGGUUUCUACAUGGGCAUUAAAUUGGCCCUGGCCCAUGGUUUCUAGUAGCGCACUGGAAUUUUGAUUUGGGCUUCCACUCGAUAUCCACUUGACUCUGAAUCACUUGCAAAGUGACUCGCAUAUGUUUUGAGGAUAUGAUCUUCUUAUAUAUUGUGAUCCCGACCAAUGGUCGGCAUCUGGUCUUAGACAGAUUUAGACACUUAUGAAAAACGAAAUGUAACACAGAUUGACGAUGC